CGGCGAUGGUCGAGUUGUCUGAGGCGAGAAAGCCGAAUGUGGUGGCGCCGUCGUCGUGGGUGGUGGUGGUGGUGGUGGUGGUCCUGUUGCUGUCGGGUGAUUGUCGGGGACGAUAUCCGUACGAGCAGUGCGUCGUGACAAAGGGCUGCUUCCACAGCGAGGUGCCCGUCGAGUCGCUCGCCGUGGAUGCGAUGCGCACUGGCCAGUUCCGUCCGUUAGAUCGCAGCCAUCUCCCGACUAGGGGGGUUAGCAGCCCCAUGUUGACGCUGAGAGACCUUAGUGGGGUUGUGGCGUAGGCCACCUCCACGUCGUAUUUCUCGUAUCUGAAAUCCGGGCCUGCAUCAAUCGGGGUCUCGAAGAUGAACGAAUUUAGCAGCCUGGAACGGAUCGUCUGCUCGGCCCGGAUGGUAGUAUUGUGGGAGGUGCUGAAGUCGACUAGAUUCGUGAGGUAUGUUCCGUAGGACUGCUUGAGCACUUCUCGGAU